AUGAACUCAAGCAAAAAAUUUGAAAAAGACAAUCAUUUCUAAGCAAAAAGUAGAAUGAAAACUCAAUAUUUAUGUAGAAUAUGCUGCGUAUCUAUUUAUUUAAAUCUUAGAUUGAUAUUGAAGUAAAGCUUAAGAGAAAUAAAUAAUUGUAAUUUCAUUAAUUUUACUCUAAAAUUGCACAUUAACACACAAAAAUAAUCAACUUAAUAUUUAUUAUGAAGUCAAAUAUAGAGAGAAUAUUAAGGAAUAAAAUAAGAAUUAUAGUGUUUAUAUAAAAAUUAAAAAGAAUUAUUAAUCAUGUAUUUAUAUAUUAAGGAAGUUAAAAAGAUUUGAUUAUAUUUUAUAUAUUUAAUUUAAAGAUCGCGACUUCUAAAAUUUGUCAUUAAGUAUUAUAUUAUAUUUAUGUAAGCAAGCACUUUAAUGGUACGAUAAAGCAUUAAUUAUCAAUUAAUUAGAACAAAUGUAAUAACAAAGGAGUUUCUAAAAUUAAUAUAUUAGUAGAGUGCUCUAAUAAAAAGAAAAACUUUUAUGAGAGAAUGUUUUAAUCUCAUAAGCAGAUUGUUUAAAAGCCCUAAGAGAAAAAUUUUAAGAAAUCUUCAAUUAAUUAUAUAAGUAUUUCUAUAUUUAGUAUUAAUAGCUCAAUUUUUGAAUUACAUGGAUUAUCCAGGUAAUUUUUAAUUAUACUAAAACAAUACAAAUUAAAUCCUUUUUCUUUUUAGUUCAUUUAUUCAGAGGCCAAUAUUAUAUUUAAAGUUUAUUUGGAAAAAAUACAAACUCAAUAUUGGUCGUUUAUGGUGA